GUUCAGGCACGUGUUCCGUGACUAGUCAUUCAAAGCUUCAAGACAGGUUGGAAGAGCUGCGUUCAAUCAUUCUGCUGCUGUUCUGCCACCUCAGCACCGCCUGUUCUGCGAACGGCGUUCCUUGCACGCUGACGACGAGCCGCUAUUGGUGCUUCCUGGCAUAGUCUGCGCCGAUGUCAUUGAUCGUGGAGCAUUGACCUGCAUUGCGCAUUCUGCAAGCUGUGCAUGCUUGUCUUCUGACCGUGAAAACGCCCUCGUGCUCAUACUCCGCUCAGCAUACUUCCCAGCUCGACCUCGCUGGCAAGCUCACUCGUCUGAAUCUAAUCCAUCGAUUUGACUCUUUUAUCCUCUUUUCUUUGUUUGUGCUAAAUCUGCAAUCAUGACUACCAGGUAUCGUGUCGAAUAUGCUCUGAAAACUCAUAGGCGAGAUCAAUUGAUUGAAUGGAUCAAGGGACUAAUGGCCGUCCCUUUCGUGCUGCACUCUCAGCCUACGGCCAUUUUUGAACCUCAGAAAGAAUCAACAGAAAAAGAAGCCACUAUAGCUCAACGACGAUAUGUGGAGAUCAUGAGAGAUGUCGAAGAACUGAUCAACGAUCAUAUCGCACAUCAACGGGCCGGAACACACGAUCGCUCCAAGCUGAAGCUACUUGUCCCCUCCGUUGGCGUUUUCUUCACCCCGUUGAAUCUCCAUGAUGCCUUUCUCUAUCAGGACAGCAAGCGCUUCAUCAGUUGGCGACGCUUCGUUGCCCCAUCAUUCAAUGAUAUACGCUUAAUUCUCAACACUGCCCAAGUUAUGAGCUUGGUUGCGGCUGGUCCACUUGAACUCGUGACUUUCGACGGUGACGUUACACUGUAUGACGAUGGCGGGGUCCUCGAAGCAGAUUCCAUUGUCAUCCCUAGACUCAUGGAUCUCCUCAAUCGCGGUACGAAGAUCGGCAUCGUAACCGCCGCCGGAUACACAGAGGCAAGGCGUUACUAUGAGCGCUUGCGAGGUUUGCUCGACGCAAUACACGCUUCUACUACCCUGCCAUCUUCACUGAAAGAGAAUCUUAUUGUAAUGGGUGGUGAAAGCAGUUAUUUGUUCCAAUACUCUCCAAAUUCUCCAGACAGGCUGAAGUUGAUUCCGCGCGAGCAGUGGUUGCUCGAUGAGAUGAGGAUGUGGCAGGAAGAGGACAUUACCGCGCUGUUAGACCUAGCUGAGCUUGCGCUGAAAGAUUCAAUGAAGAACCUGAGACUUGACGGACUGCUUUUGCGAAAAGAGAGAGCGGUAGGCAUCGUCCCAAAACCAGGCCACCGAUUCCCACGCGAGGCGCUUGAGGAGACCGUGCUCGUCACCCAGAAGAUCCUUGAACUCUCCGCCGUGGGGCGCCGACUGCCAUUCUGCGCUUUCAACGGCGGAAACGAUGUCUUUGUCGACAUCGGCGACAAAUCAUGGGGCGUUCGUGCCUGUCAAGGAUUUUUCAAUGGAAUCGAAGGAAGCAAGACUUUACACAUCGGCGAUCAAUUCCUUAGUGCUGGCGCGAAUGACUUCAAGGCCAGAUUAGCGUGCACAACGGCGUGGAUUGCAAACCCCAUGGAGACCGUUUCAUUGCUAGAUGAGAUUGCUGAACUGAGUGGCGUCGUGGAUAGGAAAAAUCGGUGAGUGUUCGGGCUUCAAAGCUGAAGAAAUAGUAUUUCUAGCUUUUCUGGUGACGUUAUCGUAUUCCAUCCAAUAUUGCGCUGUCGAAUCUGCGAGUCCAGCGUCUACCUAAAUCAUGGAUAUACCCAAGUCGUCUAGUGCACUUGAUAGAAUUUGACUUCGAAUCCUUUUGAAUCAAAUUUCGAGUUGAUCGUACAUCCAUAGCUUGACUCAGAAUUAUGCGUGAGGAGACGAUAUUGAACACUUGUUCUUCAGAUCAUAGAUAGAGACCUGCUUCGUUGUGUGCAACUCGCCCAAGAUGUUUUGGCUAACGCCAACAGCAAAGACUGCCACAUGCG